AUGUAUUUCUACAAGCUAUCCCUCUCUCUCUGCGCCAUUGGCAUCGCUGGGACGACCGCCUUGCCGCCUCGCGUUCGCUCUGAUUAUGCCGUAAAGGAGCGUCACCCGGUACCCUUCAACUGGGUUGAAUCUGGCCCGGCACCAAGGGAGCAGAACAUCCACUUGCAAAUUGGCCUGAAGCAGAGCAAUGAAGGCCAGAUCGAGAAACACUUAGUGGAGACCUCUGACCCCAAGCAUGAACGCUAUGGACAGCACCUCAGUCUCGCCGAUGUGCACAACAUGGUCAAGCCGUCCGAAGAGACGUUGGAGCUUGUCAGUGCUUGGCUCGAGGAUCAUGGCAUCCGCGAAUACGUGCACAACCCGUCGAAGGACUGGGUAUCGGUUAUGAUGCCCAUCGAGAAGGCCGAAGAGCUUCUGCAGACCAAGUAUUCGACCUACAAGAACUGGAACGGAGCUGAAGUGUCUCGUGCACCGGAAUGGUCACUGCCCCAGCAUCUGCACGAGCACAUCGAUGUUGUGCAGCCGACGACAUCCUUCUUCCGUGCAUCGCCUCAGACCUACCAGCCUCUGAUGGACGAUGCGAAUGCUGUCCACCAAUGGUGGGAACAGUCUGGAGCGGCUCGGUAUACAGAGACUGAUGACGAGGCCUCUGGUGCAUCGAUCUCGAAGAUCUGCAACAUUUCUUUCACCACGCCAAAGUGUAUUCGCACUCUGUACGGGACGAUUGAUUACAAACCUCAAGUCCCAGGCAAGAACAAGAUUGGAAUUACCAACUAUCUGAACGAGACGAGUAAGCGCUCAGAUGUUGCAAAAUUCCUGCGCAACUUCCGCCCUGCUGCCGCAAAAGCCGCUCAUGAGUUUGAAAUUAUCCAGAUUGCCAACGGCAACAACGACCAGGGACCGUACACUGCUGAGCAGAUCGAGGACGGGAAGAACAUUGAAGGCAACUUGGAUGCCGAGCAGGCGUUGAGCAUUGGCUGGCCCACUCCGCUGAUCGCUUGGAACACCGGUGGCAGCCCGCCUUUCAAGCCUGAUGCCAACACGCCUACUGACACCAACGAGCCUUACAAUGUCUGGCUUAACUACGUGCUCGGCCAGGACGAUCUUCCACAAGUAAUCAGCACAUCUUACGGCGACGACGAGCAGACUGUUCCAGAGUCCUACGCCAGAAGAGCCUGCCACGGCUUCGCCCAGCUCGGAGCUCGCGGCAUCUCCGUCUUCUUCUCCUCCGGCGACUCUGGUGUCGGCGCGAAUGGCACGUGCUUCAGCAACGACGGAAAGCACACUCACCAAUUCAUCCCGUCCUUCCCUGCUGGUUGCCCAUGGGUGACCGCCGUCGGCGGCACGAAAGGUUUCGAGCCUGAGGUUGCUGUAUCCCGCUACGGCUCUGGUGGCGGCUUCUCCAACUACUUCAGGACCCCUCAUUACCAGAAAUCCACCGUGCAGGCAUAUAUCGAGAGCCUCAACGGCGAGUACAAUGGCCUCUACAACAAGCAGGGUCGCGGAUACCCCGACGUCGCCGCGCAAGGCAACCACGACGUUAUUGUCUGGGCCGGCAACAUUACGACCGUCGGUGGUACUUCCGCAUCUAGCCCAUCUUUCGCGGCGGUUAUCGCACUCGUCAACGAUGCUCUGAUCGCCGCUGGAAAGCCAACCCUUGGUUUCCUCAACCCGUGGCUGUACAGCGGCGCGUACGAGGCGCUUACGGAUGUUGUUAGUGGGAGUGCUAUUGGUUGCAACACUGCUGGCUUUCCAGCGCAGGGAGGUUGGGAUGCUGUGACUGGUUGGGGCACACCAAACUUUGGCAAGCUGGUUGAUGUCGCGAUGUCCAAGUGA